AUGAGGCCUCCAGCCGGCGGCGACGCUGCCGCACCACCGCACUCCUCGUCCCGCCUCGCCCGCAAGUCGAGCAGUGGCGCCGAUCACGCCUCCAACCCUGCGCCUCCAGUCGCCACGGGCCCGACCGGCCCCACGAGCUUCUUCCUGUGCAGCGAGGACGAGGUGCAGCAGAGCGUGCACGCGGCCAGCAAAUACGAUAGCAGCAGGGAAAGCACCUAUGGCGUCCAAAGCCUCGAUGAUGCUCUCGGCGCUGCUUUCGGCGAUAAGGGAUCCCGCGACCAGGCAGACAAGAGCACUUCCCCAAAGCCGCGCUGCAGAGCCGACCAGGCCAAGAGGUGGUCCAAAGAGGUCGCGCAGGUCCAGAAGGAGUUGCAGGACGUCAUGAGUGGCGCGUCGCGGCCUCAAGCCCCCGUUCGCAACCUGUCCGCGGGCACGCUCUCGUCACAGCCCCCGCCCCUGCCUCUUACCCCGGUGCAAUUCGAGCUUAGCUCCGGUCCCGCCUCCGAUCUCCCGAGCACCCCCAAGAGCGUCAGCUUGAAGAGCUUCAGGCUGUCGGACGAGGAGAGCCAGGCUGAUGAGGCCGUCAGUCAAGCCAUUGUGACGAGCGAUGAAGAGGACGACGGUCUUGCAGAAAAGGAGCAGGUCGGAGACACUGUGCCACAGCUGGUCAUGCCCAGCAUUCAAAUGCCAAAGAGGCGACCCUUCACAGAGAAAGGAAAGACCAUGGGGAGGUUGAAGGUGCUGAUUGCUGGAGAGCCAGGCGAAUCGAUAGUGCAGCUCUGCGAAGAUAUCGUACAUGUCGAUCCUCUUGCUGCUAGUCCUUCAAUCUUUCAAUCUUCAGACUUCCAGAAGGGCAAGUCAAGGCGCAAGAAGCAGCGCGCAUCGGGCACAACGAGCAUCACGGAGGUUUACGCCAGCACGCGUACCUAUCCAACAUGGUGGUCGGAUAAGUUAGAUAUCGAAGACAAUCGCACGUUACGGAGGCGGAAGAGCAUGGGUGACUCGGUGCUUGAGCGCAAUCUGUGCUUUAUCGACACUCCAGGCAUCGAUUCGACCAGCAACUUGCGAGUGGAUCCGAUUGUUCAGUACAUCGAAUCAUUGCUUCAACGCAACGCAUCGCUUACGGCUAUGAGCGAUAGUGACCUCCUCGGCAUGCUUAGCGGCAACGGUGGAGUUCAUGUCGAUGUCGUAUUUUAUAUGCUGAAGCCUUCCGAUGAUGCUGGACUUUCGCGAAGCAUUGAACACAUCCGCCGCCUUUCUUCUUUGACGAACGUUAUACCUCUCAUUUCUCACUCAGAUACCCGCGAUGAAGAAAAGAUCUCAUCCCUAAAGACUACUGUACUUCAGCGCCUCCAAGCGGAGGGCGUGCGUCCAUUCCUCUUCGGCAAGAGUAUGGAAGAGGCUAUCAAUGUCGCCCGAACCUCUUUCGACAACACUGCUUUCCCAGACUCGAACCCUUUCUUUGAAACACCAAAAGUGGUCUUCACUCCUGGUCCCUUCGCAAUCACCUCCGCCUCAGCAUCCGAUAACGAGAUCAUGGAUGCUUCACUGCUCAUGUCUCCGGAUUACAUCCAACCACUUGUUCCUUCAGAGCUUGCCGCUCUCGUCAACCAAGUGUUCAAUCAAGACACAAUAUCGUGGCUGCGGCAUUCCGCAGCUAAGAAAUUCCUGCGUUGGCGUAAUGAGCGCAUACACGGUGAAAGCCUUACCAUGCAUGGGUUCGGACUAAACACUGGCGCUGCACCGCAAUUGAUAUCCAAUGCUGCACACUACACUGGCAGGUCCUUCUCGUAUCAACCAUCUGCUGCUUCCUCUAUCCUGUCAUCUCCACCGCCCAGCCAGGUCCUCAUCCCGCGACCAGGAACCGGCAGCACCGCGAACACGCCAUUCUCGCCGCUCGCAUCAUACACCCACAUAUCACCCGCUUCUCCCAGCAGCACGCCCGGCGGCAACAACUUCGCCAUCACCCGCCUCAACGAGCAAAACUAUCGCGAAGAGCGGAUGGCACAGGCCCGGCUCGCCAAGUGGGCCGCAGACCUCCAGCGCAGCCUCCAGAACGAGCGCCGUCGCUUCGAAGAACUGGAGCAGGAGAAGCGGACGCGCUGGCUCCUCGACCAGGUGGGCAGAGAGGUCCUGGACGGCCGCAUCAUCCCAGCCGAGGACCUCCAGCCCACGCAACACGACCCGGCUCUUUGGUCGCUGACGCGCCAGACGGAUCUGCACGAGCGCUUGCAACGGGAGUCGCGAUGGUCGUCGGCCAAGGGAGGAGGUGGUGUGAAGUUGGAUCCACGCGAUCCUCUGGGCCUGUGCGAUUGGAGCGACGACAUGAAGAGGGGAGGCUUGAUCGUCGUGCAGGUUCUCGGCGGCGUGGGCGUGCUGGGCGCGGUGGUGGUGGCGGUUUGGCAGUGGAGGAGCCAGGGGAGCGGCGGUGGGUUUUUGGCUGGCUGGCUGGGUGCGAGCGAUUGA